CAACAAUGUGAUGCAUCGUGAACAUUCAUAUCCGAUCGAAGCAGUUCAGUUUGAACAGUAAAUCAGAGACAGCGCACAGAGCUGGCAUCACAGAAGGUAAAGUUCAACAUUCCUGUUACUCUCUGUAUUUUAAUAGUACUCUUAUUGUAAGUAUUAGUUUUGAAUAACUUCAACAUGUUGACACUAUUAUGUUUAGUUGUGUUACUAUUAUGACAUAUUUUUUUGAAUUUCUAGACUUUAAUUUGUAGCCUCAGUCUGGCAAUAUCAAAUCAGAAAUCUGCAGAAUAAGCUGCCGUUGUUAGUUAAAUAAUCACAACUGUGCAGAGUUUCUUCUAACUUCUCCUCUCCUCUAGAUAUGGCCACAGACAGAAGUUUCCCGUCUGAAGAUCAGUUCCUGUGCGCCAUCUGUCUUGAUGUUUUUACUGACCCUGUUUCAAUCCCAUGUGGACACAACUUCUGCAAGGCCUGUAUCAGCCAACACUGGAAAAAUCAAGAGCUGUGCAAGUGUCCUCUGUGCAACGAGAAGUUCAGCAGAGGGCUCAAACUUUGUGUCAACACAGCUUUCAGGGAAGUUGUAGAGGACUUCAAGAAACAAAACUUACUCUCCAACAACCAGUCUGUGAAACCAGGGCAGGUGGCAUGUGACUGCUGCCUUGGUAAAAAGUUGAAAGCCUGUAAAACUUGCUUGGUGUGUUUGACCUCAUUUUGCGAGACACACCUCCAGCCACAUCGGGAGGUGCCUGCCUUAAAGAGACAUAAACUGACCAAUCCUGUGCACGACCUCGAGAAAAAAAUAUGCAAGAAACACAACAAGAUUCUGGAGCUUUUUUGCAGAAACGACCAGACACAGAUUUGUGUCCUGUGUACAGAUCAUAGUACUCAUGAGACAGUCCCUUUAAAGGAACCAUAUGUAGACAAGACAGUUCGGAUGAAAAAGACAAAUGUAGAAGUACAGGGAGCUAAACAGAGGAGUGGAAAGAAGGGCAAGAAGUCCAAAAUACUGGCCACAAGGAAAGAUGAAGAUGAAGAUGGAGUAAUAAAAGCCGCUUAUCGCUUCUUACCUGGAAACAUGGGCAUUUCUGAAGGAAGAUACUGCUAUGCAGUUGAGUGCCCAGGUGGGGACUUUGUGUUAGGAAUAGUCAGAGAGUCCUUACUCAGGAAACAUUUAAAACCUGACCCCAGAAAUGGCAACUGGUUGAUACUGCUGAGGGAUGACUGUGACUGCUGUACGGCUCUACACAAAAACCCUUCUACCUUUAAAUUGAUGAGGAAACCAGAGAGAAUUGGUGUGUUUGUGGACUACGACAAAAAACUGGUGACUUUCUUUGAUGCAGACUCUGGGGUUGACUCUGGGGUUCCUUUCUUCUCUUUUUUAAACUGUGAUUUCCGGGAGAGGGUCUUUCUGUUUUGUGGAAAGAGAGAAGGCUGGGUGGAGGGGAUACGAAAAAGACUUCAGAACAUUCAGCAUCCUGAAAUCUUAUUCCUUCUUUUUGUACUUUUUAUGGUCUUUGUCUCACAAACUCAAACUUAAUCUGCACAUCUGAAGUUGUAAGACCCUCAGUUCAACUUUGACAUUUUUCCUCUGUAGGAGCUUUUUGAUUUUUUUUUUAUGUUGCAUGUUAAGUCUGCAUGUGAGUUUUUUUUUUCUUUCAUUCUUUGAUUCAUUUAAUUUGUUUGUUAGUGUGAAUAUAAAACAAAAAAAAAAAAAAACACAUUUUGGUUCAUUUCCAUAAAAUCAAAUAAAGAUAUGUUAUCACCUGCAUGGUA